UUUAGGGCUUUUGCUAGGGCUCUUGGGGGCGAUGAUCCGGCGGAAUGCCCGUCUCCGGCGGGAGUAUCUGUAUCGCAAGAGCUUGGAGGGCAAGGAGCGCGAGGUGUACGAGAAGAAGCGCAAGAUCAAGCAAGCGCUGCAAGAAGGGAAGCCCUUGCCGACUGAGUUGCGGAACGAUGAGGCGUCUUUGAGGCAGGAAAUCGACCUCGAGGAUGAGAACACGGCAGAGCCUACUACGCACGUCGAUGAUGAGUACGCUUAUGCUGGAGAGGUUGAUCCGAAAAUUCUCCUGACCACUUCCCGCGAUCCUAGCAGUCGACUUACGCAGUUUGUCAAGGAACUAAAGAUCGUCUUUCCAAAUGCGCAAAGGAUGAACCGUGGAGGACAGGUGAUUGCAGAGAUCGUGGAAUCUUGUCGAGCUCACGAUUUUACCGACAUAAUCAUGGUUCAUGAACACAGAGGAGAGCCAGAUGGCUUGAUCGUCUGCCAUCUCCCGUAUGGUCCGACUGCGUAUUUCGGUCUCAUGAAUGUGGUAACGAGGCACGAUAUCAAGGACAAGAAAGGCCUGGGAACAAUGUCUGAAGCAUAUCCACAUCUAAUACUCAAUAACUUCAACACCAAGCUGGGAAUGAGAACUUCAAACAUACUCAAAUACCUCUUCCCAGUCCCGAAGCCGGACUCGAAGCGUUUAAUCACAUUCGCAAACCAGCAGGACUACAUCUCUUUCAGGCACCACGUCUACGAAAAGCAGGGGGGCGUCAAAUCCAUCGAGCUCAAAGAGGUAGGACCGCGCUUCGAGCUGCGGCUGUAUCAAAUCAAGCUGGGAACGGUGGACCAAGUCGAGGCACAGAACGAGUGGGUCAUCCGGCCAUACAUGAACUCGUCUCGCAAGCGUGCUGCUUUAUGAGAAUCGAAUCGGAAAAUACAAAUAGUGGCUGUACAUGUAAGUCGUUUUCAGUCAGGAAAACUUGGACUGGAUGGCGUACGCCAUUCGAGAUGCGAGGCCCUCCCCAACAAGCUGCCAAUACUGCAACAGUUGCCACUUCAGUCCUUCAAUGAAGCGCUUUGGAGCUGCUAGUUCCAAAUCCUGGUGUAUCGAAACCAUCCGAGACUAAAUGGGAAUUGAAAGAAAAAGAUGAUACCUUGAGUAA